AUGGAAGUAAGUGCGGACCAGCCUCGCUGGAUGACCCACCACCACCCGGUAAUAAAUGGUCAGCAUCCCGAGUCGCACCACCCGGGACUGGGUCACUCCUACAUGGACCCAUCGCAGUAUCCCCUCGCAGACGAUGUGGAUGUAUUGUUUAAUAUCGACGGACAGAGCAGCCAUCCGUACUAUGGGAACACGGUCCGGGCAGUGCAGAGAUACCCACCACCACCUCACAGUAAGCUCACAGGUAGUCAAGUGUGUCGGCCGUCUUUACUGCAUAGUUCUCUCCCCUGGCUGGAUGGUAGUAAAGGCAUCGGGCCGCACCACAGUACAUCCCCUUGGAACCUCGGCCCUUUCCCCAAGAACCCCCUGCACCAUGGCUCCCCUGGGGCAUUGUCCGUCUACCCCCCUGCCUCAUCAUCCUCUUCACUGUCAGCUGGCCACUCCAGCCCCCACCUCUUCACCUUUCCCCCAACUCCACCCAAAGACGUGUCUCCUGACCCGGCUAUCUCCACACCGGGCUCUGGCUCAUCCGUCAGGCAGGAGGAGAAAGAGUGCAUUAAGUACCAGGUGUCUCUAGCUGAAAGCAUGAAGCUGGAAUCGGCCCAUAGCCGAAGUAUGGCCACUAUUGGAGCGGGAGCCUCCUCCGCUCAUCACCCCAUCGCCACUUACCCAUCCUAUGUGUCCGAUUAUGGGCCGGGCAUCUUCCCACCAAGUAGCCUGAUAGGUGGGUCUUCUUCUACUUAUGGUUCCAAAACGAGACCAAAAACAAGGUCCUCUUCAGAAGGUAGAGAGUGCGUUAACUGCGGAGCCACAUCGACCCCACUUUGGCGGCGGGACGGCACCGGUCACUAUUUGUGUAACGCCUGCGGUCUUUACCACAAGAUGAAUGGGCAGAAUCGCCCUCUCAUCAAGCCCAAACGGAGGCUGUCUGCGGCCAGGAGAGCGGGGACCUCAUGUGCUAACUGUCAAACGACCACAACGACGCUGUGGCGGAGGAACGCUAACGGUGACCCCGUCUGCAACGCAUGCGGACUGUACUACAAACUGCACAAUAUAAACCGACCACUCACCAUGAAGAAGGAGGGUAUCCAGACCCGAAACCGGAAGAUGUCCAGUAAAUCCAAGAAGAGUAAAAAGUCACAUGAUAGCAUGGAGGACUUCUCCAAGAGCCUGAUGGAGAAAGGCAGCUCCUUUAGCCCAGCCGCCCUCUCUCGUCACAUGACCUCUUUCCCACCCUUCUCACACUCCGGGCAUAUGCUGACCACGCCUACUCCGAUGCACCCUUCCUCCAGUCUGCCCUUCACCCCUCAUCAUCCCUCCAGUAUGGUGACCGCCAUGGGCUAG